AUGUCAGUUAUCCGACACCGGCCUCAUUCUUUCUUUGCACGUCUACCGGUCAGUGUGACAAAGAGAAUGCACAUCGGCCCAAUCGAACAGCAACAACACAAACAACUGCGACGACUACAACAGCAGCAACAACAACAACUACGACGACGACGAGUACAACACGACCAGCAUCUGCGGCGAGACGGGACAAAAAACGAGCUAGUCUACUGGAUCAGUGGAAUCGAAUGUGUGAAUAUGAGGACGCGGCGGCACAGACAAACGGAACGAACAAAUUUGGGCACAAUCACUUCGACGGAAUGA